AUGGAAAAUGAUAGCAUUCCAGGGCUUGAUUCAUCAUCAGAGUAUGAAGAUGCUAACUCAGACGUUGUUGACGCGGGCCUGGAUUCUACACAGUACAUCACACCGAGAAAAGAAGAACAAGAGCCAGAAAUAAAAUCCCGCACAUCAUCACUUCUUCAACUGAUGGGCAGUGUAACUGGACUGAGCAGUCUAAAAGGAGACGAAGAAGAAGCAGAAACCGAUAUGUCAGAAAUCAACUCAGAUCAGUCAUCAAUAACAGCUGAUAUACCCGAUGAGCAGCAGCCAGAAAUUUUACGAAAAAAUACGCCAGGGCGAGCACCAACAUUACCAGGGACAGUUAAAGAAUAUUGCUCUAUUUUUUACAAAGAGCAAUAA